AUGAUUAUCCCCAUUCGGUGCUUCUCGUGCGGCAAGGUGACCGGCGAUCUUUGGGAGCGCUAUCUCAAGCUCCUGGAUGACAAUAUCCCGGAUGGUGAUGCGAUGGAUCAGCUCGGUUGCAAGCGGUACUGCUGCCGCCGCAUGAUCAUGACUCAUGUCGACCUGAUUGAGAAGCUGCUCAAGUACACGCCCGACGGCCGCAGCGAGAAGAAGAUUGCCCUUGCCAACUCAUAG